CCGACAUUUUAAUAUAAUAAAAUCUUUAAAAUCAAACUAAGUUCUUCAAAAAUAUAUUUUAUUUACUUUUUAGUAAACGUUUUCUCUGUGAUAUUAUUUGAUCUCUUUGGUAUUUAAUUUGAAUAUGGAAUUUCUGUCGCGUAAAGUCAGAUCGAACGGGCAGCUUGACACCCGUCAGGUGAAUGGCGCGGGCACUUUACAGAGUACACGGAGCGAGUGCGCCAUGGGUCCCCCCGCGGUGCGAGACAAAACCGGCGCGUUCGGCGGCGAACGGCAGUCGCAGGCCGACGCCAGAGCCAAGUGCACGUUCGACGCUAUGGACCGCGACAGACUCGGACUUUGGGGCUGUGGGGACGGACAGUCCUCCAGCCGGCUGUCGGGGCUCGACCGGCUCAAACACCCCGGCCUGAACAAGGGCUUGGCGUUCACGAUCGAGGAGCGCCAGAUGCUGGGCAUCCACGGGCUGUUGCCAGCACGUGUAAAGAGUCAGGAGGAACAGGUGCAGCUCUGCAAGCUCUCCAUCGACCGCUAUGAAGAGCCCUUGAACAAGUAUAUCUACCUCAUGGGACUCUUGGACCGCAACGAGCAUCUGUUCUACCGCUUUAUCGGCGAGAAUGUGGCGGAGAUGAUGCCCAUAGUAUACACGCCCACCGUGGGGCUAGCCUGCCAGAAGUACGGGCUCAUCUACCGUCGCCCGCGUGGGCUGUUCAUCACCAUCCACGACAAGGGACAUGUCUACGAUAUCCUUAAAAAUUGGCCUGAAACGGACGUCCGCGCGAUCGUGGUGACGGACGGCGAGCGCAUCCUGGGCCUGGGCGACCUGGGCGCGUGCGGCAUGGGCAUCCCCGUCGGCAAGCUGUCGCUCUACACCGCGCUGGCCGGCAUCAAGCCGCACCAGUGCCUGCCCAUCACGCUAGACGUGGGCACUAACACCCAGUCGCUCCUGGACGACCCGCUGUACAUCGGGCUGCGACACAAGCGCGUCCGAGGCGCCACCUACGACGAGUUCAUCGACGAGUUCAUGUGCGCGGUGGUGCGCCGCUUCGGACAGAACUGCCUCAUCCAGUUCGAGGACUUCGCUAAUGCUAACGCUUUCAGGCUGCUCGAGAAGUACCGGGGAAAGUUCUGCACUUUCAACGACGACAUUCAAGGCACCGCGGCGGUGGCGGUGGCCGGGCUGCUGGCCAGCUUAAGGCUCACCGGCACCAAGCUGUCGGCGAACACCAUUGUCUUCCAGGGCGCCGGCGAGGCUGCUCUCGGCAUCGCGGAGCUAUGCGUGAUGGCGAUGAAGGCGGAGGGCACGAGCGACGCGGAUGCGCGCGCGCGCAUCUGGAUGGUGGACUCCAAGGGCCUCAUCGUCAAGAACCGGCCCGAAGGUGGCCUGAACCAUCACAAGGAGAAGUUCGCACAAAAUCGUCCAACCAUCAAGACACUUGCCGAAGUCGUUGAAACUGCCAAGCCUACAGUGCUUAUCGGUGCGGCUGCGAUUGGCGGAGCGUUCACGCCGGCCAUCCUCCAGCGCAUGGGCGAGUUCAACGACAAGCCGGUCAUCUUCGCGCUGUCCAACCCCACCAGCAAGGCCGAGUGCACUGCCGAAGCCGCUUACUCCAACACUGGCGACCGCGCGAUCUUCGCGUCGGGCUCGCCGUUCCCCGAGUACCGCGCCAAGGACGGGCGCGCGCUGCGGCCCGGGCAGGGCAACAACUCCUACAUCUUCCCCGGCCUCGCGCUCGGCAUCAUCUGCGCCGGCCUCAUCGACAUCAGCGAGGACUUCAUGCUGCUGGCGGCCGAGUCCCUGGCGGAGAUCGUGUCGGACGAGGACCUGGCGCACGGCGGGCUGUACCCGCCGCUACAGAACAUUCAAGAAUGCUCCAUCAAGAUCGCUAAAAAGAUCGUUGAGCAUGCCUACAAGACUGGCAAAGCGACAGUGCAGCCGCAGCCGGUGGACACGGAGGCGUUCAUCCGCGCGCAGAUGUACGACGUGCGGUACGGCAACGCCGUGCCGCCCGUGUACUCGUGGCCCACAGAGCCGCGCGUCGACGUCGUCUAGCCUCGCACCAACCCGGCGGUCACGAAUCACUAACUAACCUUCUAUUUCACUAAGCACAUAAGGUUCACUGUGUUUAUGUAAAUAUAUAUUCUUUUGCGCGGAAAGUUCUAAGUAUAAUAUAAAGAUCGUAUUUAGGAGGUAAAUUAGUGACUAGUGAUUUAUCGUCAGUACACCUUAAAGUCGCUUAUGUCAAAUAUUUUCCAAAUAAGUAUAUAUCACAAUGGUAAAAUUUAUGUAAAUGUUAAUUGCGGCGACUUUAAGAUAUGUAUAAAAUUUUGUGCAAUGGGACGCCUUUCUCAUCCCAAGCUACAAUAAACAUGAAAGCAGUUUGCAAUCUGUGAUGCAACGUAUAUAUUUAUAUAAACUUAAGUUAAAAUUUCUAGAAGAAAUAUCUAAUAUGAACUUUGAAACACAAGUUAAAAAAACUUAGGUUAAGUGCAUUUACGUGCCGAGUAGGCACUUUUGAGAAAAUUGUUAGUGCUUUGUUAUACGAGUUGUUAGUGCUUUGUUUUACAAGGGGGCAAGGAUUGUAUUUAACCGCUCGUGCUAAUAUUGAUACCCGAGCAAGCGAAGAUUCUAAAAGUGCAAUCUUGAACGUUGCGAUGGUUUCAAGGAACGAGGGUUAAACAAACUUUGCCUCCGAGUGAAACAUACAAAUUUCCACCACACCAACGCGAGUAUGAUAUAUACCAAAAAAUCAAACCCGAAUGAAUGUAAUAAAAAAAUAUUCUACCAGCUAACAUAAGGAAACAACUCAAACUUUGCAUCUGAUUACUUUGCCCCACAUGUGGAUAAAAUGCAACUUUCUCAUUAGUUUUAAAACAAUCAAGAGGGCUUUUACCAGUUGGUGUGGUGAAAAUUAAAUUAUCCAUGAACUCACUACUGUAGAAAAAAAGAUAACAAAAAUAAGGCUUUCUAUUUCCAGUAGAGCCAGCGUUCAAUAUGACAAAUGCCUUUUCUGACAUCAGCGAAUAUUAUGUGGUCGUUACAUUUAUCAUUCCAAAAUAUUCUUGGCGGUGUUUAAAUAUUUUCGUACCUAGUUAUUUAUGAUUAUAUGACAUGAGUAUAUGACACUAUUGUUUUCUGUUAGAGACAAAAAUUUUGUUGAAAUUAUUUAGAUGUAUGAUUAUUUAUUUACCUAACAUUAGACUGCAUUCCAUCUAACUGGAAAUGUUUCCAAUCAAAACGUUAACUCUUGUAUUUUAUUGUUUUAGUAUCUCGCAAGUAGUUCUAGGUCGAUGGAUUCCAGUCGUCGUUUAUAUGUACUUAAAGAUUUCAAUCAUUUGCCGAUGAUAUUUACGGUUAUGUCGAACUAUCUUCGAACAAAGAUUUCUAUUAGUUAUAAAACUUUAUAACUUAUAAUUGGUGUUUAUGUUGGAAGUUACCCGGAUCUAAAUUGUGGUUCAUAAUAUUUUUUAUAUGAGGUAGAUUUUAUAAUGGCUCAGGUUUUAGCUCCGUUCCUUUUGUAUACGCCGAGAUAAAACUAAGCAGACGCUUGUGUGGAUGCUACACGGCAUUAACGAGGUAUUUAUAAUAAAAAUUAAUAAAUUCAUGAAAUGUU